GAAGAUGGCGGCGCCCAGAGCGGUAGCGUGAAGUUCGGUGGUGGUGGUAGUCGCAGGCCAUUCGUGCUGGAAUCAAAACAGUGGGACCGUGCGCCAUGUCGCGACUGAUCGUGAAGAACCUCCCAGAUGGGAUGAAGGAGGGGCGUUUCCGGCAGCUGUUCACUGCCUUCGGCACGCUGACGGACUGCAGCCUCAAGUUCACCAAAGACGGCAAGUUCCGCAAGUUCGGCUUCAUCGGCUUCAAGUCCGAGGAAGAGGCCCAAACAGCGCUGAACCAUUUCAACAAGAGUUUUAUCGACAUGUCCCGGAUCACGGUGGAGUUCUGCAAGUCGUUUGGGGACCCGACAAAGCCCCGAGCCUGGAGCAAGCAUGCCCAGAAAACAAGCCAGUCCAAGCCACCUCCGAAAGACAAAGACUCCAUCUCCCCAGAAACUAAGAAGGAUGACAAGAAGAAAAAGGUAGCGGGUGAACUGGAGAAGCUGAGGGAAGAUAACGAGUUCCAGGAGUUCCUGUCGGUUCACCAGAAGCGGACGCAGGUGGCCACCUGGGCGAACGAUGCCCUGGACGUUGAGCCCUCGAAAGGGAAGAACAACUUGGCCAACGACUACCUGAACUUCGACUCUGACUCAGGGCAGGAGAGCGAGGAGGAGGGAGCCGGGGAGGCCCCGGAAGAGGAGGACAGCGGCCUCGAACCCAAGGCAGCCGUACGGAAGGAGCUGUCGGACAUGGAUUACCUGAAAUCCAAGGUGGUGGAGGCCGAGUCGCCAUCCUCAGGGGAGAGUGAAGACGAAGCCGUGAACUGUGAGGAGGGGAGCGAGGCCGAGGAAGAGGGUUCCUGCACCACCCCUGCCCAGCAGGACAGGGAGGCGGCCCGAGCCGAGGUGCGUGUGGAUGAGACCGAGAAACCAGCCAAUCAGGAGGAACGCACCAUCACCCACACCGUGAAGCUGCGGGGAGCCCCGUUCAACGUCACAGAGAAAAAUGUCAUGGAAUUCCUGGCACCCCUGAAACCGGUGGCCAUUCGAAUAGUGAGAAAUGCCCAUGGAAACAAAACAGGGUACGUCUUUGUGGAUUUCAGCAGUGAAGAGGAAGUGAGGAAAGCUCUGAAAUGCAACAGGGAAUACAUGGGUGGACGCUACAUCGAGGUGUUUAGGGAAAAGAACUUCCCCGCAGCCAAGGCGCCCCCAGAGAAUAGCGCCAAACCCUGGCAAGGCCGGACACUCGGGGAGCAUGAAGAGAAAGAGGACCUGGCCGACUCUGGGAGGCUCUUUGUGCGAAACCUGCCCUACACCAGCUCCGAGGAAGACCUGGAGAAGCUCUUCUCCAAAUACGGUCCCCUGUCUGAGCUGCAUUACCCCAUCGACAGCCUGACCAAGAAGCCCAAGGGCUUUGCCUUCGUCACCUUCAUGUUCCCGGAGCACGCCGUGAAGGCCUACGCAGAGGUGGAUGGGCAGGUGUUCCAGGGCAGGAUGCUCCACGUGUUACCAUCCACCAUCAAGAAGGAGGCCAGCGAGGACGCAGACGCCCCAGGAUCAUCGUCUUACAAGAAGAAGAAAGAGUCAAAAGACAAAGCCAACAGCUCCAGCUCUCACAACUGGAACACGCUGUUCAUGGGCCCGAAUGCAGUGGCCGACGCCAUCGCCCAGAAGUACAGUGCCACCAAGAGUCAAGUGUUUGACCACGAGACCAAGGGCAGCGUGGCCGUGCGCGUGGCCCUGGGAGAGACCCAGCUCGUCCAAGAGGUGCGGCGCUUCCUCCUCGACAAUGGGGUCAGUCUGGACUCCUUCAGCCAGGCCGCCGCUGAGCGAAGCAAGACCGUGAUCCUGGUGAAGAACCUCCCGGCCGGCACCCUGGCGGCCGAGUUGCAGGAGACCUUUGGCCGCUUCGGCAGCCUGGGCCGCGUGCUGCUGCCAGAGGGCGGCGUCACGGCCAUCGUGGAGUUCCUGGAGCCGCUGGAGGCCCGCAAGGCCUUCCGACACCUGGCCUACUCCAAGUUCCACCACGUCCCCCUGUAUCUGGAGUGGGCUCCGGUGGGCAUCUUUUCCAGCCCAGCCCCACAGAAGAAAGAACCCGGAGAUGCACCAGCAGAGCCGGCCGGAAAGGACAGGAUGGAGCCAGAAACAGGGGGGGCGACCCAUGCAGACGGCGAGACCCCAGAAGGUGAAAAGCCGACAGAGGGAACAGCACACGACACUUCAGCAAAGAUGGAGGAGGAAGAGGAGGAGGAGGAGGAGGAGGAAGAGGAGAGCCUUCCCGGGUGCACUCUGUUUAUCAAAAAUCUCCACUUCGACACAACCGAGGAGACGCUGAAGGGAGUGUUUUCCAAAGUGGGUGUGGUGAAGAGGUGCUCCAUUUCCAAGAAGAAGAGCAAAGCAGGAGUGCUGCUGUCCAUGGGGUUUGGAUUCGUGGAAUACAGGAAACCGGAGCAGGCCCAGAAAGCUCUCAAACAGCUCCAGGGUCACGUCAUGGACGGCCACAAGCUGGAAGUGAGGAUCUCAGAACGAGCCACCAAGCCAGCCCUGACAUCCGCUCGGAAGAAACAAGUGCCCAGAAAGCAGACAACCUCCAAGAUCCUGGUGCGGAACAUCCCCUUCCAGGCUGACAGCCGUGAGAUCCGCGAGCUCUUCAGCACCUUCGGGGAGCUGAAGACCGUCCGCCUGCCAAAGAAGAUGACGGGGAUGGGCACGCACAGAGGGUUCGGCUUCGUCGACUUCCUCACCAAGCAGGACGCCAAGAGGGCCUUCAACGCCCUGUGUCACAGCACCCACUUGUAUGGCCGGAGGCUGGUGCUGGAGUGGGCCGACUCCGAGGUGAGCCUGCAGACCCUGCGACGGAAGACGGCCGAGCACUUCCACGAACCCCCGAAGAAAAAGCGGUCUGUGGUGUUGGACGAGAUCCUGGAGCAGCUGGAAGACAGUGAGAACGACGGCGAGGAGCAGACCCUUCAGCUGUGAGCUGGCACCGAGGGGCCAAAGAACAGGCGCAGCAUGCCACCGUGCCCGGCAGUCCCUCGUGGCAGCACGAGGAUCCGGAAGUGGCAGAAACUACCGAGCCCUGCGUCCAGCCCAGCCAUUGGCGGUUCCCGCACGAGUUCCCCCUCUUGCUCCUCCUCCCAGCAACCCUGAGAUGCAGGCAGGGCCCCACUGUGCCGGUGCGAAGGUCGGGGUGCAGAGGGACUUCAGGGCUUGCACCGGGGUGCGCAGCUACAUGGGCUUAAGGACCCUCGGGCCCCACUGCCCACGAGCCCGGAAUACUCACCAGGAUGAAGGCAGCUGUCCGGAGUUGGGCUGUUUGGGCAUGAAGCCCCGCUCCACCCAGCACAGACUGGGGACCCCUGCCAAGUCAGCUCACCUCCCUGGGCCCAGCCUCCUCCUCACUAACUGGUUCCCACCUCAGAGGGCUUUAGCGAGAAAGAAAUGUAAUGAUCGUGAAGAACGCCAGGAACAGUGCUGAGCGUGUAAGGCGGGCUCCAGAAGCUUCUGUUCUUGCUCCCCCCUCCAGGGCUGCUAAGCUGGAGUUCCCACCUCCGUCUCUCCACGGGACUGCUCACAGCCUGGGGCGUGGCCUCUGUCCUGCCCCUUCCUCGCCACUUGGGACCCUGAGCCCUGGUUUAGUCACCAGAGCAUCUUCUGUCCGCGCUGACCAUGGGGCCACUCCCGAAGCACCAAGCUCCAAACCCAGACACUGGCUCAUUGGUUGAGCCCGGCUGUGUCACUAACGGCAGACGCCCUCUACUCACAGGCUGCGGACGCUGUGAAAUGCAAACAGGUCCCCAGCCCUGGCAAGCAGUGUCCCAAGGCUCAUCCCAGACCUGGGGUGCCCACACCUACUCCCGCCUGGAGAUUCACACGCAGCACACACCGGGAGGGGGAUGGUAGAGAGUAAAGAGCUAUAACCCCUCUGCCCUGGGUCUGAACCCCAGCUGUGUGAUUUUGGGACCAGCGAGGUCCCCUCUGACCCUCAGCUUCUCUUUCUAUAAAAUGGGGGUGAUCUUGUACCUACCUCAGGGACGGUGCUUGGACUACAUCAGUCAAUCCAAGUAAAGCCCAGAGCAAGCA